CUUUUGGUUUCAUUUUUCAGAUCUCCGUAAACAUGUGGUUUACAAAGUGUUAAAGUAAGAACACAAGACUCACGCAGAACUUCCACCAUGUUAAGCUGGUUCUGGAAACUUUUGAUGCUGCCGCCGUUUUGCAACAUUAUUUAUAGCGAAACCACCUCUAUACAUGUACCAGCAAAAAAGGGAGGCAACGCCACCCUACUAUGUGGAUUUAAGAACAAAGACAUUUUUGAUGUUAUUUUAAAAAAAAUGUCAAAAGACAUUCCUGUUUGUAAGACUGAUAAAUGUGAGGGACGAAUAUUUAAAAAUGGAGUGUGUGACAUCAUCAUCAAGGAUCUGAGACUGAGUGACGCUGGGAAAUAUAUUCUAAGAGUCUAUUACCGCAAUGAUCAGGCAGAGCAGGAGCGACACACCUGGUACUCCCUGUACCAUCUUCAUAUUGAUGCUUCGAUUUCUGUGAAAAUGGGCGAGGAGCUGAAGUUGGAUGUUCUGUUGACCAAUGCUGAUAAAUUGGAGACAAACUCCAGUGGAGAGUGGAGGGAGGUGUGGAACAGAAGAGAUGGGGUCCUGGAUCGUCAUAUGACUGACACUGAUGGAAACCUGACCAUCAGUGUGUUUACAGCCAAUGACACUGGAACGUACAGAGUGUUGGACUCUGUUGGAGAAAUCUUGAUCACCGUGACUGUCACAGGAUAUAGUAUACAGUCAAAAGAAAAAUUGGAUGAUGAUGACAAUGAUGACAAAUCUAAUGGCUCAAAAUACACUGUAGUGAUUGUGCUGUCUGUGUGUGGGUUUCUGGUGCCUCUUUUUAUAUUUGCUGUCAUCAGGAUAUACCAGCGUCGGCACAGAAACCAAGAACAGGAGCCUCACCUACAGGUCCCAUUGCAAGAAAACAUCUAGCAACACUACUGGUUAUGUGUAGUUGUGCUUCAGAGCAAAAACAUCUUCAAAGGAUUCUGGAAGUCCAAAGUUGAGUCUGUGUUCACUGUACAAUUUACAGCUUAAAAAAAAAAAAAAAAACUUAAAU